UUCAUUUCUAAUUUUUUAAUAUAGAGGUCAGCUAUGAAAAACCACACAUCAGUGACAGUCUUCAUUCUUCUUGGAUUGACAGAUGACCCACAAUUACAGGUGGUCAUUUUUCUUCUACUUUUUUUCACAUACAUGCUGAGUAUUGUGGGGAACCUAACUAUCAUCACUCUCACCCUCUUUGAUUCUCAUCUCAAGAUACCCAUGUAUUUUUUCCUUCGGAAUUUCUCAUUUUUGGAAAUCUCAUUCACAACUGUCUGCAUCCCCAAAUUCCUUGUUAGUAUGGCCACAGGUGAUAAAAACAUUUCUUAUAAUGAUUGUGCAGCACAGCUGUUUUUCACUAUUCUCUUGGGGGCAACUGAAUUUUUUCUUCUGGCUGCCAUGUCCUAUGACCGCUAUGUGGCCAUCUGCAAACCCCUGCAUUACCUGACCAUCAUGAGUAGCAGAGUCUGCAAUCUGCUGGUCUUUGCUUCCUGGUUGUCUGGUUUCCUGAUAAUUUUCCCACCACUCCUUAUGGGGCUCCAGCUUGAUUUCUGUGCAGCCAACACCGUUGACCACUUCUUCUGUGACGUCUCUCCUAUUCUUCAACUCUCCUGCACACGAACAGACACUAUCGAACUGAUAAUGCUUUUCUCUGCCAUUUUGACUCUCCUGGUUACGCUGGUGCUGGUGGUCCUUUCCUACACACACAUCAUCAGGACCAUUCUAAGAAUCCCUUCUGCUCAGCAGAGGAGGAAAGCCUUUUCUACAUGCUCAUCACACAUGGUUGUUGUAUCCAUUUCGUACGGCAGCUGCAUCUUCAUGUAUGUGAAGCCCUCUGCCAAGGAAAGAGUGUCCUUAAAUAAAGGCAUAGCUCUGCUCAGUACAUCUGUGGCACCCAUGUUGAACCCUUUCAUUUAUACACUGCGGAACAAGCAAGUGAAAGAUGCUUUCAAACACAUGACAAAAAAGAUUGAAGUUUUCUCAAAAAAGUGA